AUGGCUCAAUCUACAAAGUGUUAUCUUCCUCGAUUCGCUUCGGCGAUUGAUGGGCCUAAACGUCCAAUCUCGAUGAAGACGAGGCCGACGGCCACUCAACAUGCGCAGUUAUUAACCGCAUGGAAUGAAGGUCGUCUGGACUCCAUCCUGCGAGCGACAUGGGCACUCGUUUUGCAUUACUAUAUCCGCUCAGAGGAUAUUUGUUUCGGUUACCAGCAUCUCCAGGGCGACUCGACCCCUAAUUCAUCUGUACAGCAUUCGAACGGCGUCAACAUUUCGACGAUCCGCAUAUCUAUCAACGACAACGACUCUCUCACGGCCAUUGUAGAUAAAACUCGCACAAUUGAUUCGACGCGACAGCUCAAUGGAAGCUCCGAGGCCGCUUCCGAUUACCUUCCUUUCAACACUAUUUUGAUGUUGCGUUCAUAUGACUCACCAUCUUCGCCUUCAAAACCCUUUCUGGCAACAGCUCUCCCGGAUGAGUGCCAAGUCCGUCUUCAUGUUAAGGUCAUGCAUGGAGACAUCAGCAUGUUCCUCGAAUGGCGCCAGGGCGACAUGUCCGGGGAACAAAUGAAGAGCGUUUCCAACAUUUUCGAGCAGUUGCUUGCCAAAAUUCUUUCUUCGGAGAACACCGCUAUUAGCCAGCUUAAUUUGUUCUCGGAGAAUGACUGGCAACGCAUCCGCCAGUGGAACUCCACUAUCCCGCAGCUUUAUGAUCGCUGCAUCCACGACGCCAUUCACGACCAAAUGCUGAGCGGGCCAGAACGCGAGGCUGUUUGCGCUUGGGAUGGCAAUCUGACAUUUGCCGAGUUGGACCAGCAAGCGUCGAAGCUUGCAUAUCACCUUCGCAUGCAGGGCGUCGGGCCGGAAAUCCGCGUGGCUUUGUGUUUCGAUAAAUCGAAAUGGAAUAUAGUCGCAAUGCUUGGCGUUAUGAAAGCCGGCGGUGCUUUCUCCCCAUUGGAUCCUACUCAUCCGACAUCACGGCUGCAGGGUCUCAUUGAAUCAGUACAAGCCACGAUAGUUUUGUGCUCCGAGAAACACGCAGAGAAGCUUCGUCCAAUUGUUAAGACUUUAAUACCACUCUGCGCUGAGACUCUUGAUUCUUUGUCCGACCCAGCAGAUAAUGUUGAUCUUGCAUCAGGUGUCACAAGUCAAAACGCGGCUUAUGUGCUGUUUACCUCCGGUUCCACUGGAGAGCCCAAGGGAACCCUGUUGGAGCAUCGAGCGUUCCUGUCUAGCGCGACGGCGCAUGGACCCCGCCUGCACAUUUACCGUGACUCGCGAUGCUUGCAAUUCGCUGCACAUACAUUUGAUGCCAGUCUGGCAGAGAGUUUGACACCACUCAUUCAUGGCGCCUGUGUGUGCAUUCCUAGCGAGGAAGCUCGACUUAAUGAUAUCGUCAGCACUAUCAAUGAGAUGCGGGUCAAUCACGCUUGCUUUACCCCGUCGUUCAUCGGCUUUAUUGAAAUCGAAAGUGUCCCAGGACUGGAGUAUCUGAUUCUGGCCGGGGAGGCAAUGUCGCAGUCACAACUGGCUACCUGGUCCAAAAUUCAAUUGAUCAAUGGGUACGGACCUACUGAAGCAAGUGUGGCAUGCGUCCUCAACUCCUAUGUGACACCAAACACCGAUUGCAAAGAUAUCGGUCUUCCUGUCGGUGUCAGAGCUUGGCUUGUGAACCCUGAUAACCACGACGAACUUGUGCCUGUGGGCUGUCCUGGAGAACUACUUUUGGAAGGCCCGUCCCUGGCCCGGUGCUACGUGAAUAACCCACAAAAGACAAACGAAUCGUUCAUCUACGACCCUGCUUGGACUCAACUCGAUCCCGAUAAUAGCCCCAACCGCAGAUUCUACAAGACGGGCGAUUUGGUCAGAUAUAACGCGGAUUCUGGUUCCUUGAACUACGUUGGUCGGAAAGAUACCCAGGUCAAGGUUCACGGUCAGCGUAUUGAACUUGGCGAGAUCGAGACUCAGCUCAGCAAAGAUCCAGGCGUAACUCACUGCUCUGUGAUCUUUCCCAAAUUGGGCUUCUCGAAGGGGCGGCUGGCCGCGGUCAUCUCCUCAACUGGAUUACUCGCGGAGCAAUCCGACUCGGACUCGGAACCCCUACGAUUAAUCUCAGCCUCGAAAAAGGCCGAGCUAGUCUCGGGAGUUCGUGAGCGUUUGUCGGCACGUCUUCCAACUUACAUGGUUCCUGCAGUCUGGCUGUGCGUCGAAGCUCUGCCACUCUUGCCAUCAGGGAAACUUGACCGCAAGGGCAUCGCCACUUGGAUUGCAGGCAUGGAAAGUGAUCCCGACCUUCUGAACACCGCCUCUAUUUCCCUCGACGCGGAAGCCUCCCAGCCUGCAAACGAAAGGGAGGAAGCUUUGGCUGCUGUAUAUAGCCGUGUACUCAAUAUUCCACAGAACCACCUCAACCUCAACGAGAGUUUCCUAGCUCUCGGCGGAGAUUCAAUCGCAGCAAUGACAUGUAUCGGCCUUUGCAAGAAGCGCGGGUUCGCUCUUUCUGUACAGGAGCUGCUACGCAGCAAAUCAAUCCGCGAUCUCGCAACGCGGGCCAAGACUAUUGACCACCUCACCACUUACGAAGAAGCCGUUGAGGAACCAUUCAAUUUGUCUCCCAUUCAGGCCCUCCAUUUCGGUGUUCGGAAGGAAGGCGAAGGACACUUCAACCAGGGAAUUCUCACCCGCCUGAACAAGCCGAUCGAUGAACAAGCACUCCGCACUGCGGUCGAGACUUUGAUAUCCCGCCAUUCCAUGCUCCGCGCACGUUUCACCGACACAGGAUCUGCGACUGCCUCGAGCCAACAUAUUACUCUUGACAUCAAGGGCUCCUACCGAUGGCGCUUGCACGAUGUGGACAGUAUGGAAGAGGUGAAGGCGCACAUCGCGGACAGCCAAGCGUCUAUUAACUGCUUCUCCGGACCACUCCUCGCGGUGGAUUAUUUCACGAUGAAGGACCAGCCCCAUGUCUUGUCCAUGACCGCCCACCAUUUGGUUGUUGACAUUGUGUCAUGGAGAAUCAUUUUGGAAGAUUUGGAGGAGUUCAUUCUGAACCCCGAAAAGACGGCUAGCAUUGAUGGGUCUUUGCCAUUCCAGACCUGGUGCCGUCUACAGGAGGAGCACUGUAACACUCUUCGGGCCGAACAAAAGGUCGAUACAGAUACCAUCCCCACUCCUGACUUCGCCUACUGGGGCCUCGAGAAGAAGCAAACCACGUACGGCGAUGUGGAUUGUGCCUCCUUUGAGAUUGACCCAGCCCACACCAAUGCUAUUUUGUUGGAAUGCCACAAGGCGCUCGGCACGGAACCGAUCGACCUAUUCCUCGCAGCAAUGCUUCACUCAUUUGGUCAAUCUUUCCCUGACCGCGCUCUUCCAACAAUUUUCAACGAAGGGCACGGACGCGAAGUCUGGGACUCAUCAAUCGACAUCUCGCAUACCGUCGGCUGGUUUACCAUUGUUCACCCAAUCUUCGUCUCUGCAUACAAAUCAGACGACCCUAUCGACACCCUCAUCCAGGUAAAGGAUCUUCGUCGCCGGGUUUCUGAUAAUGGACGGGCCGAUUUCACUAGCCGGGUGCUGCCCGCUGAAGGGCGACAAGGUCCUGAUCACCCCCACCCCUUCGAGAUGUCCUUCAACUACGUCGGACAGCAUCGCGAUUUGCAGCGAACAGAUGGCCUUUUCCAGCUGGUCGACGCGAUGGCUGGAGAGGCGGGCCAGGGAGGUGGCGCCGCUGACUUCGGACGCGACACUCCCCGAUUCGGACUCUUCGAGAUCUCGGCCAUGGUCGUUGCCGGGAAAGUUCGCUUCAACUUCUCUUUCAACAAGUUCAUGCAGCACCAGAACCGCAUCCACCGAUGGGUUUCCAAUUGCCAGCAGCUGCUUAUUUCUCUUUCCGAGCAGCUUCCUCAAUUGUCGUCUCGUUUGACGCUAAGCUCGUUCCCGAUGCUGUCUUUGACUUACCCAACCUUGGAUAAGAUGAUCAACGAGAAGCUUCCUGGUAUGGGAAUCCAUUCGCCAAAUCUUGUCGAGGAUAUCUAUCCUUGCUCUCGUAUGCAGCAGGGUAUUCUCCUGGGCCAGAAGCGCGAUAGUGCCUACUAUGCCGUGCACGAUACGUUCGAGAUCCGCGCGACUGGCGCAAGCGAGCCCAACCUCGAUCGCCUUCUCCUUGCUUGGCAGCAAGUCGUCUCUCACCACGCUAUGUUCCGAACCAUCUUCGUUGAGAACCUCACUCCUCGUGACCCCUUCUGUCAAGUCGUGCUGAAGAAAUACGAAAUUGAGCCUGUCUUUUUGCAGUCGUCUGGUGACAGCGAUGUUCUCGCCACAUUUGACAAGCAAGAUCCCAAGAGCUACGGCGACUCCACACCCGCUUACCGCUUCAGCGUCUGUCAAACCUCUACCGGUAGAUUGUUUGGCCGCAUAGAGCUGAGCCAUGCUGCCAUGGAUGGCAACUCCAUCUCCAUCAUUCUUCGUGAUCUCCAACUCGCUUACGCCGGAAGGCUUGAGGAGAGCCCUCAGCCUCUGUUCAAGGAUUACAUACAGUACCUGCAGGAUGCACCGAAGCACGCCAGUAUCAACUAUUGGUGCUCUUACCUGGAAGGUGCUAAGCCUUGGAACUUCCCCGUACUCACUGAUGGACAGCAAUGCAACAAAAGCCUCCGCUCCAUUCCAGUGCAGUUUACCGCUCUGAAAGCCCUCCAGACUGUUUGCGAGAAGCGCGGAAUCACCCUGGCCAAUGUUUUCAACGCCGCUUGGGGUCUCACACUCCGCGCUUUCUGUGGAUCUGACGAUGUUUCAUUCAGCUAUAUGGCAUCUCUACGCGACGUGCCUGCCGAUGGGGUGCAGUGGGUUGUUGGUCCGGUCAUAAACCUUCUGGUUUGCCGAAUGAAGGUUUCCGGCGACUCCAAGCUCAGUGAUGUUCUCCACCAAAUUCAGAAUGAUUACAUGGAGAGUCUCCCCUAUCGCCACACCUCCCUCAUUGACAUCCAGCAUGCCUUGAAGUUGGCCGACACCAACCUGUUCAACUCUGGUGUUUCAUACCGCCGACUACCGAGCGCCAAGGAUGCUGUCAGCAGCGAUAUUGAGUGCAUUGAAGUUGGCUCAAUCCACGAUCCAGCUGAGUUCCCAGUUUUCAUUAACAUCGAGGCCAUGGAGAACAAGGCCCGUAUUGAUUUGAAUUACUGGACCACCAACCUUUCUGAUGCCCAGGCUGUCAAUGUUGCCAACACAUACCUUCGUUGCCUUGAGAACAUUGUAUCAAACAUCGACGGCGAGCUCCGCAACUUGAAUACCCUCAGCGAGGACAACAAGGCGCAGAUUAUGACUUGGAACAGUAAGACUCCCAAAGCAUUUGAAAGGUGCGCCCACCAGGUUGUUCAAGAGAUGGCAAAGAAGCGCCCUGAGUCUCUGGCUGUCACUGCUUGGGAUGGGAAUCUCACUUACGCCAAGCUGGAUCAAUACUCCUCCCGCCUUGCCAGUUACUUGGUUACCUUCGGUGUGGGCCCUGGUACUCUAAUUCCGAUCUGCUUCGAGAAGUCGAUCUGGAACAUCGUGUCAACCUUGGCUAUCAUGAAGGCUGGUGGUGGCUGUAUCCCCGUUGACACACCUCAAAGCAUGGCCCUUGUCGAGAAGUGGAUUGUCGAUAAUGUUGUCCAGGUUGCAUUGGCUUCUCCUGACAAGGCUCAGAUUCUGGAGGACACUGUUCCAUACGUCAUUCCUGUCAGCGAGUCUCUUCUCGAGUACUUGGCUGAUGAGGUCGUGAAGCCUGUAGCACGCCCCUCUGACAUCGCCUAUGUCGCCAUGACUGCUGGAACAUCUGGCCCUGCGAAGACUGUUGUCCUCACUCACACGACCGUCAUGACUCGCGCUGAAGCGUUUGCAACCACCAUGGCGAUCGCGGAUGUCUCUAGGACACUGCAGUUUGCUGCUCACACUUCCGACUCUUUCCUCCUCGAGACCUUCGGUACCUUUAUGUGGGGCGGAUGCGUGUGCAUUCCUGCGGAUAUCGACCCGAUCCACUUGGCUGCCUCCAUCAACGUUCUUCAUGCCAAUGUGGCGAGCAUCACGCCCACUGCUGCCAGCUUCUUUUCGCCCAAGCACGUCCCUGGCUUGCGCUCCCUCGCUCUCGGGGGAGAGAUCGUGUCUCAAAGUGUCCUUGACAAUUGGCAGACAGAUGAUCUGCAACUGAAGGUCCUGUAUGGCACGAGUGAAAGCUCGUCCGCCUGUUUCCACGUCUUCUGCUCUGAAGGACAGAACGAGGCAACACUAAUUGGAAAGAGCUUGUCGUCUGCAUCUUGGGUUGUUGACCCUACUAAUCACGACUGUCUUGUUCCAAUUGGUAGUGUCGGAGAACUAGCCCUCGAAGGCCCCAUCCUCGCUAGCGGCUACCUCUACAAUAAGGUCGCAGAGAGCCUUGAUUUCUUCGAAAACCCUCCUUGGUCCUCCAACCAGCGCGAAGAUAUCAGUCAUCGCCUCUUCAAAACAGGGGAUCUGGUUCGCUACAAUUCAGAUGGCUCGCUCAUGUUCGUCGGACGCAAGAAUGACGACAACGGAUCCGCCUUUUCUUAUGACUUGAUUCAGACGCAGGAGCGCGUUGAUUCAUUCAUCGGUCACAAGAGGAAGUGCGUGGUCGAGCGAAUCCAGCUUGAACGUGAUGAGCACACGAUCGAAGCCGUAGUGGCGUUUUUGGUAUCUUCAGACACCACCACUGCAACAUUUGGUGAGCGAACCGUUCAAUCCCCCGUGCCUGAGUUAAAGGCCACUGUUGCGGCCUUGCACAACCACUUGAGUACCAGUCUUCCUGGUAACAAGGUCCCGAGUAUUUAUGUCCCUAUCUCCUCCCUUCCCCUCACUAUCUCUGGAAAGCUAAACCGCCAGGGCCUGAAGACCGAAAUGCAGGAGCUGUCAAAUACUGCUCUUGAAGCACUCGACAUAAAGCGUUGGAACGGAUCCAGGGCAGGCAAUCGUUUCUCACGCCACGCCAGUCUCUCGGAGGCCAGUAUUGCUUUCUGGAAGGAGUAUCUCGCUAAUGUUGAGCCCUGCUGUUUCCCUGCCCUCUCACAGGAGGCAGGCGAGAGCACUCGCCAAAUCCGCACGCUUAACAAACAAACCGCCAAGAUCCAUGCAUUCAGCAGGAUCGCUGGAAUUCCUCUUGAGAAUCUCUUCCAGUUUGCGUGGGCUCUUGUCCUAAGGUGGUACACUGGAUCAGAUGAUGUCUGCUUCGGAUAUUCCGCCUCGGCCUCAGAGGAGAACAAAAUGGAUGCGCCAGAAGUUGCAGCUUGUCGAUUCCUCGUCCUGAACGAGAACAAGCUGAAGGACACCCUCCAAAAGGCAAAGAAAGACUCAGAGAUCAGCGAACUGAACGUUGCAGCGUUGGAUGCCGUCAAGCACCAGCUUGGCCUCGACGAUAUCACUCUCUUCAACACCUCCCUUACCUACCGGACUGCUUCCUUGCUUCCCAAGGGCAGUACCCGUGAAACAAGCACCUCCAGCGUCUAUGACAUUUUGGUCGAAACAGUGGUCUCGCAUACCUACGCUGAGAUCUACUUCCAUUACUCCUCAGAAAUCCUCUCGGCCGCCCAAGCCAACCAUGUCAUCGACCUGUUUGACCAUAUUUUGGACGACGUCAUCUCCCAAAAUCUCAACGAUCGUACAGUCGGAGACGUCGAUCUUCUCUCUGAGCGCUCCGUUCGUCAAAUCCGCGAUUGGAACGCCGCAACCCCUCCCAGGGUGGAAAAGUGCGCCGACGAGCUUAUCCAGCAGCAAGCUCUUCUCCAUCCUCGGGCAGAGGCUAUCUGCUCAUGGGACAAGAACUUCACAUACGGACAACUCGAGAUCGUUUCCAGCCGCCUUGCGCGAUACCUUUCUGGCCUCGGCGUCAAGCCUGAAGUCUUCGUCGUCUUGUGCUUUGAAAAGUCCGCGUGGGCUAUCGUCGCUCAGCUCGCAGUCCUCAAGGCCGGCGGUGCGUUUGUCUCAAUUGAUCCCUCUCACCCUGACUCCCGACUGAAGAUGCUCAUCGACGAGAUUGGCACUGGUCUUGCCUUGUGCUCAUCUUCGCUCCACGCGAAGGUCUCGAAGCUGUGCGAGAAGUCUUUCUCCGUGUGCCAAACGUCCGUCUCCCAACUGCCGGACUCGCCUUUGGCUUUGCCUGGAGUUCGUCCUAGUCCUGACAAUGCCGCGUACGCCAUCUUUACUUCUGGUACUACAGGAAAGCCGAAGGCCACGGUUGUCGGGCACACUGCUCUUAGCACCACCGCACUCGCCAUGACCGAGGUUCUGCACAUGGAUGCUGGCACCCGUGCUUUGCAAUUCUCCAACUACACUUUCGACGUCAGUGUCAUGGAGAUCAUGAUGGUUCUCGUGAAUGGUGGUUGCGUUUGUGUUCCCAGCGAGGAAGAGCGAAUGAACAACCUGGGUGGUGCGCUUCGUCGCAUGGAAGCCAACUAUCUCUCCGCUCCUCCGGCGAUUGUUAACACGCUUGAACCCAAGGACAUCCCCAAUGUCAAGAGCAUUAUUACUGGCGGUGAGAAGAUGCCUGCCAACCACAUCGACCGUUGGCAUGAUCGAUUCGUUGUCAAUGCCUACGGCCCGUCCGAGGCUGCUGUAGUCGCCACCCUCGGUAUCAAGGUUGAUUGGGAAGGAACUCGAGUCAACAAUGAUCCCACGUCGAUUGGAACAUCUCCAAACUGCAGACUCUGGAUCGUCGAUCCCAGCAAUGCCAACCGUCUCCUCCCAGUUGGUGCAGUUGGUGAACUGAUCUUAGAAGGAAGCAACGUCGCCCGCGGAUACCUUGCCAACGAGGAAAAAACCAAAGCGGCAUUCUUCGAAAAUCCUACUUGGAACUGUAAUCCUGGUUUGCAGGGCGUCUUCACCCGCAAGGACCGGAUGUACCGCACUGGCGAUCUUGUGCGUUACAACAGCGAUGGAAGUUUGGCGUUUAUCUCCCGCAAGGACACCCAGAUCAAGUUAAAUGGCCAGAGAAUUGAACUUGAAGAGAUCGAGCACCAGUGCUCCCGUUGUCUCCCCGCGGACUCGCAGGUCGCCGUCGAUGUUGUCGUUCCUGAAGAGCGCACGAUCGCCAAGGGUCUCGCCGCAUUCUUCACCGUGCACGACCCAGAUUCCAACGGUGGUAGUAGCGAUCAUUUCGCUCCCACGAUCCCAGGAGCAGACCCACUUUUGCUGCCCAUUUCGGUAUCUAACUUGGAUGCCAUCCAGAAGUUGAAGGCGUCUUUGCCUGAGCUGCUGCCUCAAACCAUGAUGCCCCGUCUCUUCUUCCCCAUUCGAAACCUUCCUUUCACCUCCUCUGGAAAGAUUGAUCGCCGGCGACUAAAGGCUAUGGUUCAAAGCUUGUCCAAGGAAACCCUCAAAUCUUACAUCACAUUUGAUACGACUACUGAUAAGAGGGAACAAUCCUCGGCAAACGGCCUCGAGACUCAGCUUGUUGCCCUUGUGGAAAAGACCCUGGAGCUGGAGGCAGGCUCUGUCACAGCAGAUGACAGCUUCUUCGGCCUUGGUGGUGACUCUCUUUCCGCCAUGAACCUGGUCAGUGCAGCUCAAGCGGAAGGCAUUGCUCUUACCGUGUCGAGCAUUUUCAACUCCCCUCUCUUGAUUGAUAUGGCCAAGAGCUGUAUUUCCUCUAGUGGGGCCGCCGAAGUUAAGCAAACCAAUAUCAAAGCUUUCUCGCUGAUCACCUCCGGAGUUGACUUGGAUGGCUUGCUUGAUGAGAUUACCGACAACUGCGAGGUCUCCAAAGAUGUCAUCGCAGAUGUUUACCCGUGCAGCGCCGUCCAAGAAGGCCUUCUUACGCUUUCCAUCAAACAUAACGGGGCUUACGUCGCGCAGCCAUCCUUCCGUCUUGCCGAUGGAAUUGAUGUGACUCGUUUCAAGCAGGCUUGGCAACAAACUGUUACUGAUCUUGAGAUUCUUCGAACUCGCAUUGUCCACACUGAUGCCAUGAACUUUGCCCAGGUUGUGCUCAAGGACGCUCCCAUCUCGUGGGGACAGGCGGAGUCAUUCGAUGAGCUGCCAAAUGAUUUCCUUCAUUUGCCCAAGCAAAAUGGCGCACCAUUGACUGGCUACGCUAUGGUUCAGCCUCGUGGAUCGUCGUCGAACUACUUCGUCUGGUCUGUUCAUCACGCACUUUACGAUGGAUGGAGCAUUCCUUUGGUUUUCCGCAAGGUUGAAGAAAACUACUUUGCCUCUAAGGCCAAGAGCGCCGGAACUCCUUACAGUAUUUUCAUCGAAUAUUUGGUUAAGAAGGACAUGGAUGAAUCCGAUGCCUUCUGGAAAUCUUAUCUUGCAGACUUUUCCAGCCCUGCUUUCCCCGUCAACAAAAAUGCUCUUCCCGAUGCCAUGCGGGCUGGAAACACUCAGCAUCAUACCUUGAAAAUAUCCCGAAGCUCGAACAGUAUUGAUUACACUAUUCCGGUUCUUAUGCGCGCUGCCUGGGCAAUUGUGAUUGGGACUCACACGUCUUCUGGCGAUGUGUGCUUUGGCGAGACUCUUUCAGGCAGAAACAUCGAUCUUCCCGGUGUUGCUGAAAUCGCGGGUCCCGUUCUGACUACCAUCCCCACUCGUGUCCAGGUAGCCAAUCAGAUGUCGACCUUGGAAUACUUGCAGAAAAUCCACCAGUCGACUACCGAGAUGAUCCCGCACUUGCACCAUGGGCUCCAGCGAAUUCGUCAACUGAACAGGGAUACCUCUUCCGGUUGUGAAUUCCAGAACUUACUUGUUAUUCAGCCGGGAGAUGGUGAACUGAACAACAAACUUUGGAUUGAUGAGAAGCGCCAGGCAGCUAGCGAGGACUUCUUCACUCACCCACUUGUUGUUGAAUGUGGCAUCACGAAGACCAGCAUCUCCUUCACUGUCCACCACGAUGAGCUUGUCAUCAAUGGAUGGCAAACGAAGCGCGUCAUCGAACAAUUUGCACACGUCCUUGAUCAAUUGAUUUCCCUCCCAAAGAACAGCACCAGCAAGGUAGGGGAUUUGGACUUGGUAAGCCCCGGGGACAAAGCUGAGAUUGCUACUUGGAACCAGCGCACUCCACUUGUGGUUGAACGCUGUGUCCAGGACUUCAUCCGGGAAAAGUGCGAUGAGACCCCUAAUGCCCAGGCUGUGUGUGCCUGGGAUGGUGACCUGACUUACAGAGAGUUCUGGAAUCUUGCGUCUGGAUUUGCCAAUUACCUGGUUUCUCGCGGAGUCGGCCCUGAGGUCUUUGUUCCAGUCUGCCUGGACAAGUCAGCUUGGGCCAUGGUGACUCUCAUUAGUAUCCUCAUCGCUGGUGGUGGUUACGUGCCACUCGAUCCAUCUCACCCUACAUCGCGACACGAGGAGAUUCUUGCGGAUGUUGGUGCUAACAUGAUUCUUUGCACACCCAACUACACAAGUCGCUACAACCGAGCUGUGAAGACAGUCAUCCCCAUCAGCAAAGAGACCCUCAAAGCGUACGGUUCUCUCAAGGCAACCUCUCGCGGCCGCACUCAGGUGAAACCUUCCAACAUGGCGUACGCUCUCUUCACCUCAGGUAGUACGGGUCGCGCCAAGGGAAUUAUUGUUGAGCACCGCAACGUGGUCAGCAGUAUCAUGGCUUUCGCACCAUGGGUUCGCAUGGAUGAAACCUCAAGAGUUUUCCAGUUCGCAUCUCUAACAUUCGAUGCCGCUGUGAUGGAAACCCUCGCAAUCCUCAUGCUCGGAGGUACCAUCUGUGUUCCCAGCGAGGACGAUCGUCUGAACGAUGUUUCUGGUGCCAUUCGCCGCCUGAAUGUCACAUGGACCUUCCUCACUCCCUCCAUUGCCAGUAUCAUUGAGCCAUCCUCUGUUCCCUCUCUCAAGCACCUUGUUUGUGGCGGAGAGAAGAUGUCCAAGGAAGUUAUCACUAAAUGGGCCAACUCAGUCCACUUGAUGAACGGAUACGGGCCAACUGAAACCUGCGUCUUUGCUGUCGUUGACAACGCUGUUGCCACUAACCGGGAUCCUGCCCGAAUUGGCUAUGGUAUUCCCAGCACACUGACCUGGAUUGUUGAUCCCGACAACCAUGAUCGGCUGACACCUCUCGGUGCAGUCGGUGAACUGGCUCUCGAAGGCGCUCCUCUGGCCCGAGAGUAUCUCAAGAACCCUGAGAAGAACGCAGAGGCGUUUACUUCUGAUCCCGCUUGGAUCAAGGACUUCAAGUCUGCCGUCCCUGGACCUCGCAGAAUCUACAAGACAGGUGAUCUUUGCUACUAUAACCCUGAUGGCUCUAUUGAGUACAUCAGCAGGAAGGAUCACCAAGUCAAGCUGCACGGCCAGCGCAUGGAACUUGGGGAGAUUGAACACCGCUUGAUGGAGAAUGAUCUUACCCGCCAUGCCGUUGUCAUUCUUCCCAAGAACGGCCCACUCAAGCAACGUCUUGUUACUGUUAUGUCCUUGAACAGCAUUGCCGCCGAUAACAAGUUAAUAUCCGAUAAGCCGUGCGAGCUUGUUGAUGAAGAUGAGUUGGAACGUCACGCAUACAACGAGAUGGUUGAUGUUCAAAACAGCCUUGAGGGUCAACUUCCUAUCUACAUGGUACCACAAACCUGGGCCCUAAUCAAGAAGCUUCCUAUGCUUGUUUCUGGCAAACUUGAUCGCAAGAAGAUCACUGCUUGGCUUGAGGACAUUGAUGAUGACUCCUAUGAUCGUAUCAUGGCUGAUUACGAUCGCAUCAAGCGUGGUAAGACGGAGGAGAAGCCGCAAGAGAAGGAAGAGAAGGACGGCUCUCUCAAGAUCGUUCGUGAGAUCUUUGCUCAGGUGUUGAACAUCUCUUUGCAGAAAGUCAAUGUCGAUCGUUCCUUCGUCAGCCUGGGUGGUGACAGCAUCACUGGCAUGGCUGUCAUUUCCCGGGCCCGCAAGCAGGGUCUUGUUGUGACCUUGCAUGACAUUUUGCAAAGCCGAUCAGUCAAGGAGCUCGCCCAGACGGCUAGCGCUAAGGCGCCUGUUGCUCAACGUGAAGAGAAGUCCGGCGACGGAUUUGCUCUAUCUCCAGUUCAGAAGCUCUACUUCAGCAGCUCACAUUCUUACAAGGGUGAGGCUCGCUUUAACCAGAGUAUGACCGUUCGUAUCUCUCGCCGUUGUGAGGGCGAGGUGCUCCGACGAGCUCUGAAGGCUGUUAUCAGCCAGCAUGCCAUGUUCCGCGCACGCUUCAGCACUGGCAAUGGUGGCGUUUGGCAACAAAAAACUGUUGCGGAGGUCGAUGAAUCAUUCCGAUUCCGAGUCCACUCCGUCAGUGACACUCGUGCUAUGGUUCCCAAGAUUUCCGAAAGCCAAAACUGUUUGGACCCUAUAAGUGGGCCGAUUCUGGCUGCUGAUCUCUUCAACCUCCGCACCGGUGGACAAGUUCUAUUCUUGGUCGCGCACCAUCUCUGCAUUGACAUGGUUUCAUGGCGUAUUGUGCUCCAGGAUCUCGAAGAGCUGGUUGUUUCUGGUUCUCUAUCUCUGGAGAAGGCUUUGUCCUUCCAAAGCUGGUGUGCACUACAGGCCGAGCGGUCUAAAACCCAUGAUGCAAGUGCCGCUUUGCCUUUCACUCCUAUGCAGCCCAACCUCGAGUACUGGGGUAUGCAAAACUCUCCCAAUGUCUAUGGAGAUAUCAAGAUGGAAUCAUUUACGUUGAGCGAAGAUACAACCGAUUUUAUCUUGGAUGGCUGCCACAGUGUCUUCCGCACUGACACUGUUGAUAUCUUGCUCUCUGCUAUCAUUCAUUCCUUCGGUCGCACUUUCACUGAUCGCAAGGUUCCCACUGUUUAUAACGAGGGACACGGCAGAGAGCCAUGGGAUGCCAAUAUUGACCUCUCACGAACGAUCGGUUGGUUCACCACCAUGGCGCCUAUGCAGAUCGAGUCCGAAGCCCAUGCUCUGAACGACAUCAUCAAGCGCGUCAAGGAUACUCGUCGCAAAAUCACUGACAAUGGACGGCCCUACUUUGCCAAGAGCCUUCUGCAAGAUCAAGCUGCCGGGUUCCCUGUCCCGUUGGAGGUUCUGUUUAACUACCUGGGCAAAAUGCAGCAACUCGAGCGAGCCGAUUCCCUUUUCCACCACCAUGGAAGCGUCUUCGACAGUUCGGACUUUGCUGUUGCCGGUGACAUGGGUCCCCAAACGGCUCGCUUUGCCCUCUUUGAGGUCUCUGCUAUCGUUAUCAAGGAGCGGCUCAAUGUUGCGUUCACUUACAACCGCAAUAUGCAACAUGAGAGCUCAAUUCGCCGCUGGAUCCUCCAGUGCAAGCAGACUCUGGAGAAGGACCUCUUGAACCUGAAGACUGCUACCCCUGAGCCAACUCUCAGUGACUACCCCCUGCUCCCGAUCAACUAUCAUGGUCUUCAGAUGCUCACCAACGGCACCUUCCGUAAGGCCGGUAUCCGCCACAUCGACCAGGUGGAGGACAUCUAUCCCUGCUCCCCUAUGCAGGAAGGUCUCUUGCUCAGCCAACUGCGUGAUCCUAGCGCGUACAUGUUCCACACCGUGUUUGAAAUCAAAGAUGCCAAGUCUGGCAAGGUCGAUGCUGAGCGACUUGCUCGCGCUUGGGAAACCCUUGUUGACCGCCACCCAGUGCUCAGAACCAUCUUUGUUGACAGCAACUACACUGGAGGUUCCUUUGAUCAACUCGUUCUCAAAAAGCUCACUGAGAACAUCCUCCGUGUUGAGUGCCAUGACUCUCAACUUGAAGAGAAAUUGGCUGCUAUUUCUCUUCGUGACAUGAAUACUAUGCGUCAGGCCAAGCUUUCCCACCAACUGACCGUAUGCAAGACAAACACCGGACGUGUCAUUCUGAAGCUCGAGAUUAACCACGCUAUCAUUGAUGGUGGCUCGGUUGAUGUUGUCCUCCGGGACUUGACCCUCGCCUACGAGCGAAAGCUUCCCGAGGGCCCAGGACCGCGCUUCAGUGACUACAUCAAGUUCAUCAGAACUCAAAGCCAAGGCGAUGCUCUCAGCCACUGGAAACAAUACUUGGGUGAUGUUCAACCAUGCCAUCUCGCCCCCUCGGCUGAAUACGACUCCAAGCGCGAGCUUAAGGGUGUUAUGAUGAACUUCCAGCGAUUCCCCGAGCUGCUCAAGUUCUGCGAGCAGAACUCUGUGACUCUUGCCAAUCUGACCCUGUCCGCUUGGGCUAUCGUCCUCCGCCAAUUCACUGACUCGGACGAUGUCUGUUUCGGAUAUCUGUCAGCUGGGCGCGAUGCACCGGUCAAUGGAAUCCAAGAUAUGGUCGGCAUCUUUAUUAACAUGCUUUGCUGUCGAGUUCAAUUUUCUGCCCAGCAGACUCUAGCCAACGUUUCGAAGAAUGUUCAGGAGGAUUACAUUCGAUGCAUCCCACACCAGAGCUGCUCCUUGGCAAGUAUUCAGCAUGAGCUUGGUUGGCAAGGACAGGCUCUGUUCAACACCACCUUGUCGAUUCAGAACCAUUCUGUUGCGGGUGGCUCCAAGGAGAAGGGAUUGUCUUUCGAUCUCCAACACGCGCAUGACCCCAGCGAGUAUGCGGUUACUGUAAAUGUUGAGAUUGCUCGCGGCCAAGAGGGUGUUCUUUUGAGAUACUGGAACGAUGUUGUAUCUGAUGACCAGGCCCAGGCGCUGGCGGAUAUGGUGGGCAGAGUUUUUACGGGUUUCAUUGAAUCCCCAACUGCGACUUUGUCGCAGUCCAAGUUCAAUGCCCCUAUCGCAGCGUCUUCAAUGGAUUGGGCCCAAUCCCAAUCUACGCUUGCCGACAAGGCCAAGUCUACUAAGUCUGUGAAGUCUACCGGAGAAGGAAUGGAUAGCAAUGCUAUUCAAAAGAUUAUCGAUGAUCGUGUUCAUGAAAUUAUUGGUCAGAUGUUGAGAGAAGGAAAGUUGACGGUACCUCCCAUUCAAACCGAUGGGUUGUCCGCUUAUGGCAGUCAGACCGAUGCCACAGUGGACUCACCGUACCAGUUAGGAAAUCAAGGAGCGGAUGAUUCGGGUGUUUGCUCGGAGACUUCCCGUUCCAGUGAGGAUGGGAUGUCGGCCGAUGUGGAAAGGAAAUUAUGGAACCUUUGGAGUACUGCUCUUGGUCUGUCGCCCAACGUGGUGAGACACCAGGACAGCUUCUUCAAACUCGGUGGUGACAGUAUCACCGCUAUGAAGAUGGUCAGUGCCGCUCGUGAAGAGGGUCUGGUCCUUACUGUUGCUGAUGUGUUCAACAACCCUGUCUUCGAGGACAUGUUGAGUACAGUACGGGCAGCCAAUGUCACCCAGCAGUUGCUGGAUGUCGACCUCCAAACUUCCCACAAGGAUGUUGAGGUUGACUUCCCCAACAGCACAACUACUUUGGCUCCCAACCCCUCGUCUGAGAGUAUCGAGAUGCUCAAGCCGUCUUGCGUCGAUGAUGCUGCCGUCGCGAGUGGAAUUUGCCCCAAGAUUGGUGUCUUCAAGGGUGGCAUCGCCGAUGUUCUCCCUGUCACUGACUUCCAGGCCAUGUCGCUGACAGCAACUCUCUUCAAGUCCCGAUGGAUGCUCAACUACUUCUAUCUUGAGGGCAAUGGUCCCCUAGACCUUCGACGUCUCCGUGAGAGUUGCCUGAAGGUUGUCGACGCAUUCGACAUUUUGCGGACUGUCUUCGUCUGCUUCCAGGAUCAAUUCUUCCAGGUCGUGUUGCGCAAGAUCCGCCCUAGUAUCUUUGUCUACGAGACCGACCGUGCUCUCGAUGAGUUCACUAUGACACUCCAACAGCGAGACCGCGAAUACGGGCCUCGCGAAGGCGAACAGUAUGUGCAAUUCUACGUUGUCAAGAAGAAGGGCAGCGACCAGCACCGUAUUUUGAUUCGCCUUUCUCACACUCAAUAUGAUGGAGUCUGUCUGUCUAAGAUUAUGGAUGCUCUUAAGCACGGUUAUGAGGGGAGCCCAUUGCCUCCAGUGAUCCCCUUCGCCAGCUACCUUCGUCAAUUGCCGGGUACAAUCACCCCAGAUCACUACCGCCACUGGUCUGAUCUGCUCAAGGGCUCUCGGAUGACUCAGGUUGUGCGCAGGAAGGGCACUAGUAUGUUCCAGAACGUCGGAGCAUUCACGGAGAUUCAUAGGAAGAUUGAGAUCUCGCCCACAGCCCUUGGCAACGUUACUAUCGCUACCGUCAUGCAAGCUGCAUGGGCCUUGACUCUCGCUAAGCUGUCUGCUCAAUCCGAUGUCAUCUUUGGACUGACUAUCAGCGGUCGCAACGCCACAGUUCCCGGCAUCGAAAACACCGUUGGCCCUUGUGUCAACGUCAUCCCCGUCCGCGUUAAGCUCAACGAAAAUUGGACUGGGGUGGACCUCUUCCGCUACCUCCAGGACCAACAGGUCUCCAACAUGCCCUUCGAGUCCCUGGGCUUCCGCGAGAUUAUCAAACAAUGUACUGAUUGGCCUGCUUGGACCUACUUCACUACCUCAGUCUUCCACCAGAAUGUCGACUAUCAGGGCACCCUGGAGCUUGACAACACCACAUACCGCAUGGGAGGUGUUGGCGUGAACGACAAUCUGGCCGAUCUUACCAUGGUCUCGCGCCCCAAUGGCGACCGUGGCCUCGAUGUCACCCUGGGCUACUCCGAGAAGGGCCCGGUGAUGCCAUCAUUCGCACACAAAGUCCUCGACAUGGCUUGCGAGAUUGCGCAGUCUCUAGUCGCUAACCCUAGCACCUCGCUGCCCUCCGCGAGCAUGCUGCGCUCUCUGCCAUCCCAGAUAAUUGAGGACCUGCCCCGCCCGUCUGACGAGCACUUCCUCAGCGCACACCUUAAGUCCCGCUCUAUCGCGGAGCUUCUUGUGCACUCUGACAUUCUGUCUCGCACAUGGCACCAGGUUCUACCCAGCCGCACUACGCCACCCCUUGGCUCAGAUGAGAACGACACACCAACCCAUCAAUCCACCUUCCAAUUGGACUCUUCAUUCUUUGAUCUUGGAGGUGAUGUUUUCAAUCUGGCCCAACUUACUUGGCUUCUCGAGCAAGAGGGCCUGAAGGUCCGUCUCGAGGAUCUUAUCGAGCAUCCCUCCUUCCUGGGCCAGAUGGCCGUACUGGCAUUGCACAAUGCUAAGCACAUGGAAGAUGUCCCCACCGAGCUUCUCGCGACGGGUGCUGCAUCACCGGAUCCAGUUCCCCGCGUCGAGAAGAAAAACACAUGGGAGAAGGCGAGAACACUUGCACGCAAGUUAACUCGGCGAAACAACAACUUGGUUUCUCACCGAUCUUGA